UGCCUCGUUGUGCUACCAGCACAUACGACGCUCACCCACAUGUACGAUCAGCCGACGGUGCGUGGGCCAGGUGGCCGCCUCAUCGGCGCGCUGUACAGGGAUCCCCUCGAUUGCUUGUGGAGGACGCUGAAAGCGGAGGGCAUAUAUGGUUGGUACAACUGUUCCACCGCACUUUCUCUGAGGAUUGCACCUCACACGUGA